UAGCAUGCUUACUACUACUACUAAUAAAGCAUGCUCGGAGGAUAUUUUACAUAGUAUACCAUGUAGAGAGCAUCGAGUCUAUAAGCUUCGCCCUCCAAGGCCAGUCCAGCUUUGGUACAGUAUAAAAAUGUCUGUAAUGCGGUAUAAAAUGCAAUCCGCAGUGCGCAUAAUGGGGUAUAGUAGGUAAUCGCGUUAUACGCUCACAAGAGUCGCACGCGGGAUAACUAUUUCAACCUAUAACAAACCUGUAUUUGGGCAUUCAGACUAUUUUUCAAAUAACUGUCACGUCGGAUAGUGGCCUCAGUUAUUUUUUAAAUUUUGAUGUCAAUUUGUGCAUUGCAUCCCUUUUUCCUGUUCCGCAAAUCAGAACUGCCCUUUUUCUGUGCAUUCUUGUUAAGGUUGUUAUGCUGGACUUCGACAGACGGAAACUUUGCGAAAAGCUAAUUUUUGUAUAUUCAGGGCUGGUAUUUCAAUAUUACCUUAAAAUCAAGACUUAACUAAGGUACCCUCAAUGUUAAGGUGAACUUGAAAUCAAUUCAUUCAGGUGGCUUAAGAUCCACCUUGAUUCAAGUGAACUUUGAUUUACGGUGAAACUUUUAUUAAGGAAGACUUAACGUUAUUCUGUACCUUAAGGGAACAUUGAAAUACCGGCCCUGAGAAACGUUCUCCUAAUUAUCCAGUUUGUAUAUGUAUCAGCACUAAGCUUUCCUAUAAAACUCUCAACUUCUGCAAAAUCACUCCUCAUCAUCAUUUGCAUCUAAUUAGAGCCUUAUUUUCCUUACAACUUUCAAAUUCCGAAAUUCCUAUUUCUACCUCAGGUUGUAAUUUUUUUUAAUUAAAUUUCCUUACCUACUCUGCUCACCCAUCUUGCUUUGUCUUCACUUCCAACACUCACACACUAAAUGAAAAUGAACGAUUAUAUGCAUGCGAAUCGUGGGUUCUAGAACCCCUGGAUAGGUACUUUCGGAGGUGUCAUGCUGUCUCACUCCAUUCCAUCUCCUUUUGCCGAAUGCCGCGUUUCUGAGAAUCCUACUACAAACUAUACCGUAUUUGGCGCCCUAACUACAUUCUAUACUGCAUUACAGAUAUUUUCAAUACUGAACCAAAACCGGACUAGGCUUGGAGGCGGAGCUAAUAGACUCGAUGUUCUCUACAUUCUACAUGGUAUAAUAUGUAAAAUCACUGCUCGGAGACAGGGGCGUGACACCUGCCGGUGGCUACCCGUCCCAGCUUCUUGUCACAAGAAAUCCUAUGGCCACCCCACCCUACAUAAAAAGGGCCUCGCAAUUCAGAUGUCGCCGACGUCCACGUUUGGUUUCGCUACGCCACUGCAAGGAAAUGCCAGCAAUUUUAUCAAAAAAUGUACAAGUAUUGCGGAGAGGGGUAGACUCUGGAUCAAGCGUUGGGCAAAUGACAAAAUUUGGAAUAUUUUCUACUUUUGAAAUGCGAUAUAUUUACUAUGAUUUUGAUAAGUGUUUCCAAUCUCCCGUUUCCAUUUACCCACAUUACUAUACAUAUUACAAUUUAUUAGGUGUAGUGUCAAGCCAUUGAAAAAUGUUUUUGUCUCGCCUAUAAGAAAUGUAGAUGCAAAGGUAUUAUGAACUUUCAUAAAUACUCAAAUUGGAACUGAUAUGUUUUUAGAUACUCAUAUUAUGUAUUUUGCAAGGUAUUCUUCAGGGCAAGUUGCAGAAAAAGAGGCUGAUAAUAGAUAAGACUGAUAAGACAUAAUUAGAAAAAGUGCUACCAGAUACCAGAUAAUUACAGAAAAAUGUUUUUUUCCCAAUUGUGUGUGAUUAAUUAGGGAAAUAUUUAUAACAUUUCAUUAUAAGAUACCAUACUACUAGUGAAUAGAAUAUCCUGAAUUAAUGGAUUUUCCUAAAUUAUUGUUUGUUUUUUUUUUUUUGCUUUAGAGCAGUAUUGCUUGAUAACCUUUUCUUUUGCCAGCGUAAAAUAUUUAUACUAUUAAUUCAUGUUAAUGGUUAUUGACAAAUCAACAUCUCUGAGGGUUUGAAUCAUCUGGAUAAUAUUUUCGUCCAGCUAUGGCUUUUAUGGAUAUAUUUUACAGGGUGUGGAAGUCUUACUUAGGGACAUACAAACGAAUAAAGUCAACAUUUUAUUUUAGGCAGGGUGUUUUGGCAACUUGUAUUUUGAAAUUAAUUAAAGCAAUAUUUAUUAGUAAUAGUUAUAAGAAAUAUAAUUACAUAUUAUAAUAUAGAAUGUUUUUGUGAAACCAAAUAAAGAUUUUCUUCGGAAAAAAAAGUAUUUAAUUGAAGCUCCAAUAACUGUUAAAAACUCAUUAAAUAUAAGUUUUUAUUUUACGGACCAAAUCGCAUACAUUUAAAUGACUCACUUAAAAUGUAUAUAAGCGUCACUGGCGGUUAUCAAUUUCUAGUAGGUAUUAUUGAUUGAUUAAUGCUCAUAGUAUAGUUAAACUUUUACUUAUGUACAAGGAAAAAUGAACAAAAACGAUGUGUGUAUAAUUGGUUACUUUACAAUAUUUUUUGUUUUUUGUUGGGGUGUUUACUCCGUAGUUUUCCUCAGUUCUAAUCCUACUCAAAAUUCAACUACUUUGGAAUUAGUCCAUGUGAUUAUGAGACACGGAGACCGGAAUCCAGAUAAAGUAAGCAUAGGUCUUUUAAGUCCUUACCUGGACGAAAAAUAUUAUGUAGAAGGUUAUGGACAAUUACUCAAAGAAGGUAUAAUAAGAGCGCACCAAGUAGGCAGCUACUUACGCUCAAGAUACGACCAUUUCCUCGGCCAAACAUGGAAUAUUAAAUAUUUGGAAGCUAGAACCUCAGAUUAUGAUCGUACUAAAAUGUCUUUACAACUAGCCUUGGCUGGUUUAUAUCCACCAGUUGGAUCUCAGAUGUGGUCUUCUAAUAUAUACUGGCAACCUAUACCUUACAAUUAUGUCCCUAAGUCUCAAGAUAAGGAGCUGUUGGCUUUUCGUUCGUGCCCAAGAUAUGCUAAACUUUUAAGCAAUCUUUAUGAAGAGCCCGAUAUUAAAAAGAAUCUUCAAAGAUAUGAAAAAACUUUUAGAAUUCUUGAAAACAAAACAUUAAGAAAAAUAGAUCCGGAGAGUGCUUUUUAUUUGUAUGUUGGAUUUGAAAUUCAGGAAAAACUGGGUUAUCGUUUGGAAGACUGGACCAAAGCAGUAUACCCUGAACCGCUACAUACUCAAAUGAAAUAUUUUUAUCAUAUAAUAACUAAUACUACUGCGAUUAGGCGAGUCAUUGCAGGAUAUCUUCUGAAAAAAGUUAUUACUGACACGGAAGCAAAAAUUAAUGGUACCAUUGACCCACCCGAAAGAAAAAUGUUCUUCUACAGUGGCCAUGAAUAUAACAUUGCUGCCGUACUUCAAACUUUAAAUCAAGAAACAUUUGAACUGCCACCUUACAGCGCUUUCAUUAUAUUCGAAGUCCAUAGGAUUGACGGAGUUUAUGGAAUAAAAAUGUUUUAUCAAAAUUACAAGCAAACUGAUCCAGUUCUGCUCAAAAUUAAAGGUUGCGAUUAUUUUUGUCCUUUCAAUGAUCUCUAUAAGAUAGUGGAAAAAUACUUGCCGGAGAAUGAUGAUGAAUGUUUUGGAUCAAUGUAAGGAUAUCAUGUGAACCAAUAUUUAUUAUGAUAUAGUGUCAAGCUUGAAAAAUGUAAAGGCAGGACAAAACCGGCAUGGAAACUUUUUGUCUUUGAGUUUUCAAUUUAAAUAAUUUAUUAAAUAUGCAACUUGAAUCGAUUAGGUGAACCAAGGACCAGUAUUUAUAGAAUCAAUAUGGGUAAUUGGAAACACUUUUGUUAUUUUCGCGAUAUGAGGCAAAUAAUGUUAUCAUGAUUUAUAAUGCAUUUUACAAGGGCAUAUUGGAACAUUAUCCUACAUUUAUAUGCAUUUAUGUUACCUAUGCUACUUGUAGUUUCUGAAAUAUGAAAUGCUUUGAAUUACUCUAGAAUUUUUUGAAAAUAACUGGCUCUGGAGGUAAUUGAAAACAUGUUAAACUUAUUGAAAUAAAUGAUCAAGCGUUAGGGCAAAUGAAAAUAUUUGGAAUAUUCUCAAUUUUUGAAAUGCAAUAUAUUAACUAUGAUUUUGAUUAGUGUUUCCAUUUAUCCACAUUGACUAUAAUGUUUUUGUCUCAUCACCUAUAGUACGUUUUCAAUUCAAAUAAUUUAUUAAGUAUGCAACCUGAAUCGAGAGGGAAACCACCCAUGAAGAUUUUACAUUCAUCCAAGAGAGUGCGGGAAAUUUUGUAGAUAUCAUAAGAGGAGUUCCAAUGGAAAGAAGACAAGGAAUAUUAAACAUUGAAGAUUUUUCUAAUUUAUGAACUUGAUCUGUUCAUCAUAUUGGAAGAAAGUGCAGAAACUAUCAAAGAAAACAGUUACUUGAAAUGUAAAAUUUGACAGGUGGUUUCCAUCCCCAACUGCUUGAGCAGCUCAAGAUUAUGCACCAAAUGAUAUCCUAUAGUUAUUGUAAUUAUGGAAUUGAAUAAUAAAUACCAAAAAAGCUAAACAAAUUAUUAUUUUUUUAAAUUAAAAUCCUAAAUUUACACAAAAUGUUCAUAACCAUUCAACCACUUUUUCCUUAAACUCCUUCUCAAAGUGUCUCCAUCCAUCCUUGCAGGUAACUUGCUGAACUCCUCGGAAAGUUUCAAUUGCUCUUCUACUGGACUAAGGCUCUUUAUUAUCCGCAAUUCUCCGUUUUCCUUCAAAUAAGUCCUGUCGUUUUCUUUUGGGAAACCAUCGGGGAAAGUUAUUGGUAUUAUUUCUAUAGUGUGCUUCACUUUCCAUAGUCUCUGGUUGUUUUCUGGGAUGUUUUUGAUAACGGCAUAAUC